GGGUGCGCGCGCGGCGCGUCAGUCGGCACACCGCCCGGGCGGGCGCCACACGACCGGAAUCUGCGCAAGCGACAGGCGACGCGAACGAAUAUAAUUUCAGUGAAAUAAUAACGCGAAUCCGCCAACGAUCAUUGCAAUACGCACGCGCAAGAUUCUGUGAAACCAAUACGAGUAAAGUGAACGAGUCUCGAGUGCAGAGAACGACGAGUGACAGCGCACAACGAGAGAGCGAUAAGGGGUUCAGGUAGCCCCGUCAACGAAACGAUUCAACAAAGGAGCUAAAAGUGUCCUCAUAUUUCAGUCCCUCGAUUUACAAAUCGCUCUAUCUCUGUCAGGCUAGCUCCUGCACCGCUCUCGUAAAGUUGUAUAACGAACAAUCUCGAAACCACGCCCCCUUUCCGUGGCCACGACUGGGGGUCUUAGAAUAUAUUAUAUGCAUAUAUAAUCUGCAGUACAGAUCUCUUAACGUGACGUCACAAUAUAAUAUUGUGAUAUAAUUAAUUAUAUAUUAACUUUUUUUAAGCUUUGUAUAACUCGCAUUUUGUAUAUUGCCCGUUUAGUAAAAUUUUUAUAAAUACAUUUUGUAAAUAAAAAAAAAAUUAUAUUUAACCAAAAUAUUAUUGACGUUGUAACUAUUAUACUAGUCAUUCAUCUAGUGUAUUUAUUUUAAAAUAUUCAGACUUUUAACGGAUAGAGAAUAUCAUUUAAUAAUAAAAAUCUGUUUGUGUUAAAGCAUAAACUUUAGAGAGGGGUUUGCCAAAGAGAAGCAAACAAAAUAAACCGUCCAUAAGAGUGCGAUACUUUCUCAAGUUUCGCAUCCUUUUUAUAUUCGAGUCUAGGUAGUGUUUAAAAAAUUGGCAAAAUGCAAACCCAAAUGGGAGUGGGGGGUGAUCUGCAAAGGAGCUACCGGGUGCAGGACUUUGCCUCACCGGGGGUCAUCAUGAGAGAGCGAAGCUUCAUACGGCCGCAGUCUCACCACAACAUGCAUCAUAACCAGUUUCCAAACAAUGGGAAACGGCGGAGUAUGAUUCUGACAAACGCCAAAGGGAAACCGACGCUCGAAAUUUAUAGACCUCCAGGUGUCCGCACAGACGGCGUGGCGACUACCACGGCGGCGAACACUGCGACUACACCGUCCGCACACGGCUCCGCUAACAAGCUAAAUGUACACGCCAAGGAGUUCACGAUGGCCAAGCCCGCUGACCUGCAUAAUAGGUCGGCAGUAGGCGUGGGUUUCACAAGCGUGGGGCUGCAGCACUCGCGGUCGGCUGUGCUGCACGCGCAGGUGCCGCCGCACUACCGGCCCGUGAUGCCGCCGCACGCGCUGCUCAACAGCGCCUCGAGCGGAAAUGUGCCGCAUGCCACGGGCGGCCCUCGUGUACAUUUCAAGUUACAGCCUCAACAGUUGAUGUCCGAGAAAAAGAAGUCACCACCGUCUUCCCUAACAAACGGCAAUGGCAAGAGCGUCAGGCCUCAGUCCUUUGCACCAGGAUUAAAACGAUCUAAAUCUUUGACGUCAGCAGACACUCUUGCCAGUGGUAUGGCAGCUUUGGGUCUGGCAGCGGACGCAGGAGAUCUUGGCAACUUUCCGCCUGAGAUACAAGAGUGCAUUGACAAGGCACUGGAAGACCCGAACGCGGUGUGCGCGCGCACGCUGAUGGACGCCGUGGGGCACCUGGUGUCGCGCGCCGUGGAGUCGCCGCGCUACGCGCUGCCGGCCGCGCGCCGCUGCAUCGCCGUCGUCGAGCGCGAGCAGACCGAGACCUUCCUCGAGUCGCUGCUCAACACGUGCCAGCAGUGGUACCACGACCGGGACAAGCUGCUUGGAACGAUCGUGGGUGGAGGGCGACCUCGGCUGAUGGCGUUCCUGUCCUUCCUGCUGGAGAUGUACUGCCAGCUGCGGCGCCGCGCGAUCCAGCGUCGCGGACACAGCGCGCCCGGACACGUGCUGCUCGCUCUCAUCUGCAAGUGCUGCGAGGACUGCAUCCGCCAGCCCGUGCCCUCCCCCAGCGACACGGAGAACCUGUUCUUCGUGCUGACGUACAUCGGGCGGGACCUGGAGACGCAGCUGCCGGGCGACCUGGAGCGGCUGCUGACGGCGGUGCGCGACGCCUUCAUCAACACGGCGGCCGCGCCCUCCAUCCGCCGCACGCUGCUGCAGCUCAUCGAGCUGCACGCGUCGCGCUGGCAGCUGCCGGGCUGCGCCGUGCUCUACUACUACCCCUCCUCCAAGUAGGCGUCUGGCUUCACAAGGGGGGAGAGAGACAAACGUCUUGAGCCUUGCGAGUAGAAAUGGUCUGAGAAAGUUCAUUAUUUACCGCUCAGUUCAGAUUUUGUUGAAAUUUCCCCCCUCGUGUAUAAAUUUGGAUAAGUCUCCAUAUGCAUACUGUGGCCCGCGAGGGUGCCGUAGGUAACUUUUCACCGCACGGUGAAGACUUUUAUACAUUCUUAUUGAUUAGCUCUUAAGGACAUGUUAAGUACAUAUCUCCUUGAUAGAGUCAUCGUGUAUGCAAAUUAUAAUAGUUUCACAUUUCGUACAGGUUGAGGUCUCGGAGUCAAUUAUAUUGUGGCUUUUUAGGUUAUGUCGUUGUUUGAGUCUAGACGUAUGUUUAAGAUAUUUCUGUUUAUUAAAUCAAAAGUAUAUUUAAUGUUGAUUGUGAACUUUUCGUAAUAUCUGUCGUUAAGUGCUUAAAUUUUCGGUAUUUUACUUUAUUUAAAUUAAAAAUACAAACUAAAUCCGUACUUGUAAAAAUGUUUGUAAAGAGUAUAGUGUAAAAUUAGAAGUUCCUAAAGGUGUAUUAAUAUAAUAGUAUAGUAUUUAACAAUUAUUUCAUAUAUCGAAUUUUGUUGAAAUAUAUGUAAUUAUGCGUUUUAGGAGGAGGGGUGCCGAGUGGUAGGGUGUCUGUGAGAGUAUAUAGUGCCUAAACAAAGGUUACAAGCAUUUCUAAGAUUGUUUGAUUUCAUUUCUUGUUCUAUUGUAAUGGUAGUGUUGCGUUAGUUGAGGUCGAUAAAACUUAUAUCGUAUCGUAAAACGUAGGCAAUAGUUGCCAUAAGCUCAUCUUAUGAAACAGUGCCUUUUAAAUGCGGGCAUCGUUUUUUCACUAUGUUUUCUUUUUAAAUAUUUAUUAACAUUGUGAGAAUACGAAUAUAGAUGUAAUUAUACCUAAUUUAAGGUUGAUUUAAUGAGCAUUAUAUGCCUAAAAGUAUUAAAGAGUACGUGUAAAAUAAGUAGUUAUUGACAAAUUAACGGUGUACAUUACUGUACGGUCUUCGCAUAGUACUUCGUGCAUUGUAAUCCUUUGUCGUUUCUCUUUGCUAACAUAGUGUUUUGCCAUUUCUUUAGGCUGUAACAACCUAGCUCCUUUGCCUUUCUACCUUCGCUUUAUUUGGUAGUUAAAAAAAAAAUUAACAUAGAAUUUUAUUGUCUAUGGUAAUAAACGUAACAAAUUAUUAUGUUGCAUAAUUAUGAAAAUAAUUAUUAAUUUUAAGAACAAUUUAAUAUAUUGUUGCCAGUUGCAUAAUUUGGUUUUGUUUUUAUUUAUAAAUGCAUAAAGAUUUAGUAAGUUUGACUGAUGUUUGCUAAUAUAUAUGCUUGUGAUAUAAUUUAAAUAUAAGCUUUCUAAAUCUUCUCUGUCCUAACCAAAGACUGUAUCCAUUUCGAGAUUUCACUUGAAUUAACUUAUAGAGUAAAAUUCGAUUUUGUUGAAGCUGGACCAAAUUGUCUCGUUUAGUGUUUCAGGCUCUGUGUAUGUAGAGCCGUAGUGUAUCGGCUUGUACAUUCAUUUAGAAAUGUUGUAAUUUUUCAGUGAUUAUUUACAUGUUAGAUGUAGAAUUGUGUGAUCAGUGUAUCUAAUGUUAAAACUAAUAAUAGUUUUAAGUGUUAGUUACAUAUGAAUUAUUAUCAAAAGACCGUAUUUUUUUUUAUCUCAUUAUUACAUUCAUUUUUUUUAGGUUAUGAUAGUUCGUUUGUAAAAAAGAAAAAAAUAAAAAAAAUGGUGCUAACCACGUACGUACAUUGGUGUAUUAUAUUUAUAUCAUUAAUUGGAUACGGGCAAUGUUAUUCAGUUGUAUUUCUGUACCUUUGCAAAAACCAAUAAAGUAUAAAAUUAUAUAUA